AUGAGCAAAAAUGAUGCUGCCACUGGGAGUGGCAAUGGCUUUAUAUCUCAUUGCUCCAGAAGUCCUGUCAUCAAGCUCGACAGUCAAGUUGACACCAUCAGUCCUGAGGAGAAGUGCAAAGAAGCUGAAGAAGUCCAUUCCCAGUUCCAGGCUCUGUUGGCUGCAAUCAGUGAACCCAGACCAGGUUGCUCUCUCACCAUUGCCAACAGGCUCUUUGGAGAAAUUACUUACCCAUUCUUCCAGCAAUACUUGGAUUCCACAAAGAAAUUCUAUCGAGCAGAACUGGAAGCAGUCAAUUUUAAAUACACUGAAGAAGAAGCCAGAGAGAAGAUUAACUUCUGGGUGGAAAAUGAGACAAAUGGUAAAAUCAAAGACCUGUUUGCUGCUGAGUUAAUUGAUCCCUCCACUGUUCUUGUCCUGGUCAAUGCCAUAUAUUUUAAAGGAAAGUGGGCAGUAGAAUUUAAGAAAGAAGACACUAAAGAAACGUAUUUCCAACUGAACAAGAAUGAGAAAAAGACAGUGCAGAUGAUGUUUCAAGAAGGUUAUUUUAACAUGGCCAUCAUAGACGAAUUGAAAAUGAAAGUAAUAGAGCUCCCAUACUUUAAUAAUGAGCUGAGCAUGUUCAUUCUUCUUCCGGAAGUUGUCUGUGAGGACUGUACUGGCCUAGAACAGCUUGAGCGCAGCCUCACACAUGAAAAACUAGCAGCAUGGACCAGCUUGACCAGGAUGCAACCACUGAGAGUGAAGGUGUAUCUGCCCCAGUUCAAGAUGGAGGAAAGUUACGUUCUCGACAAAACUCUCCAGGAGAUGGGAAUUAUGAAUGUUUUUGACUGGGGAAAAGCUGAUUUGUCAGGAAUCUCUGGGAAAGAUGGUUUAGUUGUCUCCAAAGCCAUCCAGAAGUCAUUCAUGGAAGUCAACGAAGAGGGCACUGAAGCAGUUGGUGGCAUAGGACUUGUUGCAAUGCCUCUGUGUCGUCCCAUUUCUUAUGAGUUCAAAGCUGACCAUCCAUUCCUCUUCUUUAUCAGACACAACCUAACCAACACCAUUCUCUUUUUUGGAAGAUAUUCCUCCCCUUAA